AUGAAGAUCGCCAUCCUCACAAUCGCUGUUGCCAUGCUGUCUGUCUGCAGUAGCUCGGCUUCUUCAGAUGUCUGCCCAGGAUUCCUUCAAGUCCUUGAGAGCCUCUUCACAGACCCAGAGUCCCGUUAUAAGGCAGCCCUGGAGUUUUACAGCCCCGGCUCAGAACUACAAGAUGCAGGGAUCCAGCUGAAGAAACUGGUGGAUACCCUCCCCGAGAAGACCAGAAAGAACAUCCUGAAGCUCUCGGAUAAAAUCCUAACAAGCCCUCUGUGUAAUCAAGGCCUAAACUUCUAA